UGCUACAGCUGUGCUGCUGUAUUCAGUUAGUUGCUAUUUGCUUGCUUUUGCUAUGAUGUUAGGUCGUAAUUGGUUAGUGUAAAGUUCAUCAAUCUACAUUCAAAAAUACGAAAUAUGACAAAUUUGUGAGAUUAGAAUAAUUUAAAAUUAGUUUUAAUGUUUGUACAAAAUUUCAUGAAGAAGUUUUACUAAGAAGCAUAGUAUGAGUACCUUGCUAAUAAAUAAUAUUUUGAAGUAACACACAUUAUUACCUUUUUUUAAUAACAAAUUUUAAAACUUAUUCUGUGAUACUAGGCUAUAAUGAUAAAAGAAUCAUUACUAGAGAAUUUGUCAAUUUAUAAUGAUAGUUUGUCAGUUUAUUACCUAGCUAGUGUGUUUAUUUCAAUCCUCUCAGUAGUAUUUGCUUGGUGGUAUCAUAAGUAUACAAUUGCGAGUAAUGGAAAGGAUAAGACCAAAAUGACUACUAACUGUCAGAAUGUAGUCCCACAACCUUCAGUAAAUAACGAGGUGAGUGACUUCAGUGAAGGCGAAGAACAGGAUAAUGAUCACUUAGAUGAUGAGAUCAUUUCUAAAUUGAAGAUUGGAAGACAAACGUUGCUAGCAGAGAAAGUGGCUGCCAGCCUCACAGAGGAACAACUUCUAGAAGAGCGAGAGGUUGAAAAACAGCAGCUGGAAGCAAUAUUCCAGCUUUUACAGAGUCAGCAGGACAAAUUUCAAGUGGCAUCCAUAGAAGAACUUGAGAACCAGCUGAAACUUUAUCGACACUGACAUCAACUUGCUAUGUGGAUGCUUUAUUCUUGCCCAGGGUUAUAGAUGUAAAUUAUUGAUGUAUUCAUAAAAUUGUAAAUUUAUAAUAAAAUAAUAUGUUAAAUUCA